AUGUCGAAGGUUAUUCGAAGCGUCAAAAAUGUCACAAAGGGCUACUCCAAUGUCCAAAUCAAAGUGCGCGAAGGGACGCAGAUGAGCGAGAUCGCUCAGAUGACGUUUAACUCAUCAACCGAGUUCUACGAAAUCAUGGAUAUGAUCGACAAGCGGCUCAAUGAUAAGGGCAAGAACUGGCGGCACGUUUUAAAGGCGCUCAAGGUCACAGACUACUGCCUGCACGAAGGGGCGGAGCUGGUGGUCACCUGGGCCAAGCAAAACAUCUUCAUUAUCAAGACCCUGCGCGAGUUCCAAUACAUUGAUGAAGAUGGCAGAGACGUUGGCCAGAAUGUUCGCGUUGCGGCCAAGGAGCUUACCUCCUUGAUCUUGGAUGAGGAACGACUACGGGCAGAGCGAAGCGACAGGAAGACCUGGAAGUCCCGUGUUAAUGGCCUGGAGGAGUACGCCCCCCAGUAUAACCAAGGCAGUCGUCCGGAGCCCCCGCGCCAACGGAUCCGGCCGUUUAAUGAGGAAGAGGACACAGAGUACCGCUUGGCGAUUGAGGCCAGCAAACACCAGGAGGAGGAAGACAGGAGAAAGCGCGAGAGCCGAAACGUCGACGAUGACGAUGAUGAUCUUGCAAAGGCCAUCAAACUCAGCAAAGAGGAAGAGGAGAGGCGCCGGCGAGAGCUGGAGGAGACUAACGCAAAUGCUCUGUUUGACCCCGAACCCGCGUCGGCGUCGACAAGCCAGCCGCAAUUCACCGGCUUCAACCAGGGGUACCAGCAAGGGAGCGCCGUCGAUUUCUUCGCAAACCCUAUCGACCAGAGUCAGAUGCAGCCCCAGCCUACGGGAUACGUGAACAACGCGUAUACGGGGUUCCAGCCGCAGGCGACCGGGUACCCGAACGGAUACAGCAACGGAUUUGCCCAGCAGCAGACAGCUUUUGACCCCUUUGGUCAGCAGCAACAGCAGAUGCCUCAGAUGCCGCAACAGCAGAGCUUCCAACCCCAACCUACCGGGUACAACCCUUACAUGCAGCAACAGCAACAGCAGCAGCCACAGCCGCAGCAGCAACAGUUCCUCCAGCCACAACCUCAAGAACCUGGGCUCCAGCCCGGCAGCAACAACCCCUGGGCCGGGAACAGUACCCCACAAUCGCUCAAGCCCACCGCAACUGGCUCGAACAACCCCUUUGCCCAACGGCCAUCAACAGGCUACAAAUCCCAGUCGUCGAUGACCACGCUCGGUAGCCUCCCCGAGCAGAAGACACUUUCUACCUUCCAGCCCCAACAACAGCAAUCCUCUUCCCCCUUUAGCACUAUGCAACAGCCCCAGCCGCAAUUCCAGCAGCAGCAGCAACCACAACAACAACAGCAGCUGCAGCAGCCACAAAAGGAACUCACUGAGCACGAGGCACGGCUUAAUGCACUGCUGGCCGGUGGCGAGGGCCUCGACACGUUCGGCAACACGGGCAACCUGCGCAUCCCCGCGCAACACACGGCUCCCGGCGUGUUUGUCAACAGCGCCGGUGCCGGGUUGAACCGCAUCAACCCGGAGGCGACGGGGAACAACCCCUUCCUGAAGCAGCAGUUUACCGGCAUGCCAGCUGUGUCGUACCCCCAGCAGCAACAGCAGCAUCCACAAAUGCCGGCUGCUACCGGCCCGGCCGGCAUGGGUAUGGGCAUGGGUGGCGGUGGUGGUGGGUCGACAAACAACCCAUUCGCGGCCAGGGGAGGGCAGCAGGGCCAGCAGGGCGGAGAUCUGAUUCAGUUCUAG